GACCAUGAGCUCCACAUGGGGCACGUGUCCAACAAGAUGAUCUUGUAUCUAAGCCAGCGCUUAACAUACUGCUUGGCCCACUGAGCAAAUACCAGAGUUAUAGUAUUAUCAUUUACCAUCAGACCUGAAGACAACUGGAUAUUCAAACCUGAGACCUAGUUUUCCAGAGGCACACCAAGCCAGAAUCCACCCAACAGGGACAGGCGGCAAGGCUUGUUUGCCUUAGUGAUGCUGCUAAUUAUUAGCCUGCCUGGAUAAACCCUAGAACAAGAAAGAGGUUUUCCCCAGAGACAUCCUCUUAAAUUGAAGCUCCACAGCAACGGGGGUUUGGGGUUCUAGGUUUUCCACGGUGAUGUCGCCUUAGCGGAAUCUGUCUUCAAGUCUGGCUGAGUCCUCCCCAUCCCAGCUCAGAUCCAACGGGGAAUGCCGGUAUGCCCGGACCUGGACCAAUUUCCUGAUGCAACUGCCGGGGGGCUGGAAUACUUUCAUUCCUUCAUUCAUCCAGUCCUAUUUAUUGAGUGCUUACCAUGUGCAGAGCACUGUAAUGAGCACUUGGGAGAGUGUGGUACUACAAUAAACAGAUAGCAGUCGCGCCCCUCCCCCCCAUCAAGAGGAGAAGACCCCCCCCCCACUCAGCCCAUCUGCUCCGGAGAACCCAGAGGUCGAUGGGUCAUUUGAGCGACAUGGCAGCCUCCAAUGUGUCUCACAACACGAGCUACUGUGUCCCCAUGCUGACCCCUUUCCUGACCAAGCUGUACUUGGUGGUGCUCAUCGUGGGCUUGGCCGGGGUGAUCUCCAUCCUGUUCCUGCUCGUGAAGAUGAACACGAGAUCCGUGACCACCACGGCCGUCAUCAACCUGGUGGUGGUCCACGGCCUCUUCCUCCUGACCGUGCCCUUCCACCUGUCCUACCUCUUCCGCCAACAAUGGGACUUCAGCUGGGAUUUCUGUAAGUUCGUCAGCGCCAUGCUCCACAUCCACAUGUAUCUCACCUUCAUCUUCUACCUAGCCAUCCUGCUCACCCGCUACCUCAUCUUCUUCAAGCGGAAAGACAAGGUGGAGUUCUACCGGAAGCUGCACGCCGUGGCCGCCAGCGUGGCCCUGUGGCUUCUGAUCCUGGUCCUCAUCAUCCCCGUGAUGUUCUCUCACUACGGGGCAUCGGGGGAUUAUGACAAGAAGCACUGCUUCGUCUUCCAGAAGGAGCUGACCCAUUACCCCGUGAAGAUCGUCAACUACUUCAUCGCUGCUGGGGUCAUUUUCCUGGCCAGCCUCCUCUUGACUUGCCAAGUGUUCAUCACAGUGAAGGUGAUGAGGAAGCUGCCCCAUCCUUUCCUCUCCCACCAGGAGUUCUGGGCUCAGCUGAAGAACCUGUUCUUCAUCGGCAUCAUCUUUGUCUGCUUCCUCCCCUAUCACCUCUUCAGGCUCUACUACCUCCAGAUCAAGAGCCCAGGCACGUGCAAUAAUCUGGUGUACUACAACGAAGUUUUCCUCAGCCUGUCAACCCUCAGCUGCUUUGACCUGCUCUUAUUUGUGAUCGGCGGAAGCCGUUGGUUUAAGCAAAAUAUCAUCCACCUGCGGCGUAGCCUCUCCUGUUGUUAGGCCCUUUGUCUAGCCGAGCUAGCUCUCGUGGUUCUUAGGAGGAAAGAGACUGUGGGAAAAGAUCCUCGGGUUUCCUUUUGCCAGGAUUUGGGACUUUUCUCCAAGGGGUCUCUGUCAGUCAGUCGAUCGUAUUUAUUUACAAUGAUAAUAAUUUGUUUAUAACAAUAAACAUACAUAU